AUGUGCGACGAGAACAACUUUGACGAAUCUCGUAUCAAAUCGGGUAUUGCCAAAUUAGGAAAAGCCAAGCAGAAAUCAGCUCAGGUACGGUUAGACACGUUCUUCAAGGCCGCCCCCUCGUCCAAGAGCAGCACAUUGAAACGCAAGGCUGAGGAUGCCAAAGCAGGCAAAGGAAAAAAACCAGUCAAGAAGACAAAGGCAAAGAAAUAA